AUGGCAGGAGAAGUUCGCCAGGCGAUUGAUGAAAAGACUUUCACAAAGUUUCUGGCCGACAAUGUCCCUGAGAUCACAUUACCAGUUCAGCUUAGGCAGUUCGGGCUCGGUCAGUCCAACCCAACAUAUCAACUUACUGCCUCCGAUGGCCAGCGCUUCGUGAUGCGGAAAAAGCCGCCGGGAACUCUGAUUUCCAAGACAGCCCACAAGGUCGAGAGGGAGUAUCUCGUCAUCAAUGCUCUCGGGAAGACGGAGGUAGCGGUACCCAAAACGUACUGCUUAUGCGAAGAUGAGAGCAUUGUUGGUACGCCUUUCUAUAUCAUGGAGUUUCUGGACGGUCGCAUCUUUGAGGAUUAUACAAUGCCAGACGUGGAUCAUCAGCAGCGCACUCAGAUGUGGCGCGCGGCUGUAACCACCCUGGCGCGUCUGCACGCCGUAGAUUACAAAGCUAUUGGCCUAGAGAGAUUUGGCAAAUCAGAGAGGUUUUACGAUCGCCAAGUCCAGACAUGGACGACCAUCUGCACAAGUCAAGCAAAGGUGGUGGAUAUGGAGACAUCGGAGCCCGUGGGCCAGUUGCCAUACUUCGAAGAAAUGGCCAGAUUUUUUCAAAACAAAGAGUCGCAACCUCGUGAGCGAACAACAUUGGUGCAUGGGGACUUCAAAAUUGACAAUUUGGUGUUCCACAAAACGGAACCACGUGUCAUUGGCAUAUUAGACUGGGAGAUGGCGACCCUCGGACACCCUUUAUCAGACAUAUGUAAUCUAAUAGCCAACUUCUACACAUCGAGGUUUAAAGGAGCAACGACCUUUGAUGGGUCGAAAUUCAUGCCUGGCUACACGCCCGGGCUUCCGCCGCCAGAGCAGAUCUUAGCAUGGUAUAGAGCAAUGGCGGGCUGGGACCCAGCUCCUGACGUACAAUGGGGCAUGUCAUUUCAUACCUGGAAGUUUGCUGGUAUCUGUCAAGGCAUUGCGGCGCGACAUGCGGCCAGACAGGCGAGCAGCAAGCAAGCCUUGCGCUACGCCGCGACCAGGGUACCGCUUGCGGAGUUUUCUCGGGAGCUGGCGCAAGAUAUAGUGAGCCGCUUAAGGCCCAAGUUAUAA